CUAAAAAAUCAAGUCAUCGUCGUUGUCUCGUCUUUGUCAGCAGAGAGAAGCUCUCCGGCGAUGCGUUUACACAAACUGAGACUCGCCGCGGCGGUUCCUGUAACCAUCUCCACAUUCUCUUCUCGCCUCUUCCUCAAUCCAUUUCCCAAUAACUUAACCCUAGGUUUGUUUUCUCGCCGUCUUCAACCCCGUAAGCCUCUCUUAGUCAGAGCCUUCUCCGCUUCCGCCGCCGUACAAGAUAUCCCGGCCACUCAGCCUCAGUGGAAGGCGUCGAUUGAUUUCAAAUGGAUAAGGGAUAAUAAGGAAGCAGUCGAAAUCAACAUCAAGAACAGGAAUUCUAAUGCUAAUUUGGAUGCUGUCCUUGAGCUUUACGAGAACAUGCUCAACCUCCAAAAGGAAGUUGAGAGGCUUCGUGAGGAAAGAAACAAUGUUGCAAAGAAGAUGAAAGGGAAGCUGGAGCCGUCUGAACGUGAUAGACUCGUAGAAGAAGGUAAAAAUCUGAAGGAAAGUCUUGUAACUCUUGAAGAAGACCUCGUGAAGCUUAAAGAUGGACAGGACAAAUCGUGAGCUUCUAUAGGUUCCAGAGAUAUUAACAUUUGCUCAAAAUCAAAAGAACAGUCUAAGAUUGAACAAGAUCGACUAGCAAGACGCAUUCAAGAAUUCAGGACACAGUCUGAAUUAGACAGCCAACAGCUAGCCGCUAACGCAGAACCCUCUGGUGUUAACGGAAACCGUGUUGGUGGAACCAUCCCUUAUAAAAAUACCGAAACAAGUUUAACAGCAGACAAUACGCGUUUCUGAUUUCAUUCUUGCAAGAAUCGAGAGCAAUUUAUGUUUUACAUUUUGUUUCCUAUAGCUCUUUUGUGUUUGCUUCGUUCUCAUGAAAGUGUUUUUGUGGUGAUCGAUUGGUUAAGAAAGUUAUAAGUGUUUUCUUCUCACCAGAGGGGGAUAGGUUAAGGUAGGAUAUGACUGUUAAGAAGAUGGAACAGUCCUUAAUCUAAAAACUCAUACUUGCAGAGGUCUUUAUGGCGUUCAUCAGUUCAGCAAAGCAGAGAUGUUCGUCAUAUGCCGACCUGAAGAUAGUGAAUUCUUCCACCACGAACUCAUUCAGAUUGAAGAGGAUUAAUUUGUUCACUUCUCUAGGAUUGCACUUCAAAACACUGGAUAUGGCCACAGCGGAUUUAGGCGCUCCAGCUUACCGUAAGUUUGAUAUUGAAGCAUGGAUGCCUGGUUUUGGACGGUUUGGCGAGAUAUCAAGCGCACCACUUGAGUAUUCCGUUGUAGUUGGUGAUUAAGAGGUGGUUACUCCGACGAGCAGACUGGUGUCGGAGAUGGUUCUCACUGAAGACGAUAUUGUUUCUCUCCAUAAAAGAGGAAGUCUGAAAAUCUCUCCCCAAAUAGGAGGAAGUCGAAGUUAGCGAGUUCACAUCAGGAGAGAGCCGAGAUACACCAGAGAUCUUUCCGAAGUAGCAUGAAGACCAUAUCUGACCGAAAGCAAGACCGUGAGAGAGGCCAGAUCCGAGAACUCAGCCAAAUUGCGGUGUUAGGAGGUUGGAGAGUUGAUGUAUUUGAUGAACAUGGGACAAGUCAGAAGCUUCAGACAGAAUGAUCUAUGUUCAUGGUUUUAGAAUGAAAUAGUGUCUCCGACAGAAUGAUUGUAACUUUUGUGUGAAUUGCUGUUUGAACAUUCUAUAUUCCUCAUUCAGGGGGCUCAGCAAGAGUGAGAGACAGAGCAGAUCAGAUGCAUACGCUGCUGUGGUAUGAUAGCUUUUGAGUUCGUAACAUGAUAUAUAUAGAUACUAUGGUUCUUUUAAUGAA